GGUGGCCAUGUCCUUCUGGCAGUGCAUGGACACCUAAAGAAGGACCCUGCCAGAGAGGAAGAAACGGCUCAGGAGUCAGGACCUGAACAUCACUGGCCUUCAGUCAUACGUCUUUGUGCAUGGUUUCUGACAUCCCGCAUAUCAGCUCACUAUGACGUCUGAAGCUUAUAUUGGAACCUGGAGGCCCCACAGACCCAUAGGGCCAAUUUCAGCUCUUUACACCAGCCCAGGACCUAAAUAUGCAUUGCCAGGGACCACAGGUUACAACCAGCACGAUCCUAGUAAAUACAGAGCACCUGCAUAUAGCGCUGGUAUUCGCCGUUUAAUUUUUGACGAUAACUGCUCCCCAGGACCAAAGUAUCUAGUGCCAGCUAAUAUCACCAUCAGGGGCAAAGUUGGCACACCAGCAUAUUCACUCUAUGGAAGACCCAAGGAUCUAAACGCUUUCAGCACUCCUGGACCAGGUAGUUACGUUAUUGAGAGUGCUGAGAAAUAUGCUUAUCGGUCAGCUCCAAAAUAUUCGCUAGGUUCAAGAACAAGGACAUUUAGCAAUGACCAAACACCAGGUCCAGCAGCAUAUACGCUUCCACCUGUGCUUGGGCCAGAAAUUGUUAGCAAAUCAUCGGCACCAAACUUCUCUAUGAUUGGACGAAGCAAGAUAGGAAGCUUCCAUGAAGAUCUUCAGAAAACACCAGGACCUGGAACCUACCGCACUGUUGAGCCAUCAACAUAUAAAUAUAAACCUCCAAAGUACAGUAUGACCGCCAGAAACUCCCUGCCUGGAGACACCACACAAAAACCAGGACCAGGAGCCCAUAGUCCAGAAAAGGUGCACUUGUCUCAACGUCAAGCCCCCCGGUUCUCCUUCGGAAUGCGACACUCUGAGUAUGUUACUCCAUUGAUUGUGGAUGUAAAAGACUAAACAGCAGUCUACGAGUAUGGACCUACUGUCAGAAGAAGAACAAAAAAGCAAAGCUAUGCUUUGCUAUUAAGAAUUAAAAUUGUACAACUAAAA